UCAACAAGACCAACACGUUUCAUAUUUCUAGUAUUUGAUUUGAUUUUCCAGAUAUUCUAUUCUAUGUUACCUUAUGAUAUUGUUUUCUCUUUGCUUAUUGCUUAUCAAACAAACAAAAUCUCACUUUCUCUGCUUCAUCUCUCAUUUCCCCCAAAAAUCCACUUUCAAUUCCCAAAAAAGAUCACAAACUUUGCUUCAACAAUCCUUCUUUUUCUUUCUGUUUCUCUUCCAUGGGCUGGUUCUGCUCUUUGAACUGGAAACUGUAGACAGACACCGCCAUGGAAAAAUCCAAAAGCUUUCUCCAUAGUCUUGCUAAUCACUUCAAAUUUGGUUCCAACAGAGAGCGAAGCAAUGAAGCUGACAUUCAGAGAAUAACUGCACAGGAGCAGAAGAUCUUUGCCUAUGACACCUUGCUUGCUGCCACCAAGAAUUUUAACCCUGUUCAUAAGCUAGGUGAGGGAGGUUUUGGUCCUGUUUUCAAGGGGAAGUUGAGUGAUGGUAGAGAAAUUGCAGUGAAGAAGUUAUCUCUCACAUCAAAGCAAGGGAAGAAGGAGUUCAUCAAUGAGGCCAAGUUGUUGGCUCGUGUGCAGCAUCGGAAUGUGGUGAAUUUAUGGGGUUACUGCGUCUAUGGUGCAGAAAAGCUGCUUGUUUAUGAGUAUGUGCCUCAUGAGAGCCUUGACAAACUUCUAUUCAAUCCUCAUAAGAGAGAGCAGCUAGAUUGGAAACGCAGGUUUGGCAUAAUCACGGGUGUAGCGAAAGGCUUGCUCUAUCUCCAUGAAGAUUCGCAUGAUUGCAUCAUCCAUCGUGACAUAAAAGCUAGUAACAUAUUGCUUGAUGAUAAAUGGACACCCAAGAUUGCUGACUUUGGCAUGGCCCGUCUCUUCCCUGAAGAUCAAACCCAGGUCAAUACACGUGUGGCUGGAACCAAUGGGUACAUGGCACCAGAGUAUAUGAUGCAUGGAAAGCUCUCUGUGAAGGCAGACGUGUUCAGUUACGGGGUUUUGGUGUUGGAGUUGAUCACCGGACAGCGAAACUCAUCGUUUAAUUUGGACGUGGACGCACUGAGUCUUCUCGACUGGGCAUACAAGAUGUACAAGAAAGGGAAGAGCUUAGACAUUGUAGACCCUUCAUUAGCAUCAACGAUGGAAGCAGAGCAAGUAUCAACAUGUAUUCAGCUGGCUCUGCUGUGCACUCAGGGCGAUCCACAGCUACGCCCGACAAUGAGGCGUGUGGUGGUGAUGCUGUCAAGGAAGCCAGGCCACAACCACGUGGAAGAACCGACGAGACCGGGAGUGCCCGGUAGCCGGUAUAGAAGACCUCGCCGGCACUCAGCGUUGUCUUCCACCGGUGGUACCUCUGGUUCACACUCUUCUGACUCAAGCUACAAUAGUACCUCUGGUACUGUUACUGCAACGGGAACAAGCUCAGCCACUGCAAAUAUAGUAGACUCAAGAGGUAAAAGUCCAAUUCUGGGUUAGGAAGGUUCAUUAUGUUUUGCCACGUGAUGAGGCUUGUUUAUUCUUUUUGUAAUGUAAUUUAUAUAAGUAUGUGAUUUGAACUGAUUAGAGUGUAGAUAUGAAGAGGGUUAGGUUAGGAAUGGCCACAUUGUAAGAGGUCGAGUCUUAUUCAGUUAUUCUUUAAUAUUUUUAACAGAAAAAUGAGUUGAAAUUCUUCUAAUCUCAA